AUGACCACGUGUCCGGUCAGGAUGGCAUUUGGCUACCUCUUACUCUGUCUACGGCUGUGGCUGUUCCUACAGAUUGCGCAUACGCAGCGUGUGAUGGCGACAUACAUUGAAUCGUAUAAUGAUUAUGGCCACAAUCAUGAUGAGGAAAGGCUCCACUACUCCCAUCAAUAUCACAUUUCCGAUCCGACGAGUCAAGUGCACAUCCUUCAUCGAGAACAGCGUCAGGGAGAUCACGUCCUUGGGACCUACAGCCACCUGGAGCCUGGGGGACACAUACGCAGCGUCCACUACGAAGUACGCGGACCCCACCAGGGCUUUAGGGCUGUCAUUCAGCAGCGAACGGCCCACAGCCGAGUACAUCAGUCCCUGGAGUUCCGGCGCAAGCAGCCGUCUCGCCCCCUGGCCCUGGCGGAGCCUGUGGCAUUUGUGGUUUAGUGGCAGGUGCCCGAGGCAUGAAACCGGACCACAAAAGCGGUCCCUGGCCCAUCCGUUAAUUACAAAAGAUGUUUAA